AUGACAUUGACCCUUGAGUGACUUGAGUCGAUCAAACCAUACAUAACAUAAGUCAAAUAAAAUCCCAACUUGCUGUUGGCACUCGUCGGGCAUUAAUUUCGUUUGAAAUAUAAAUAUAAAAAUAGAAUUUGUUAAUUAAUGAAAUAAACCUUCAACAUGACGGUGAAACCGCGAGACGUACCGGAUAAUGACGAUGACCCCGUCGAAAACAUGCUAAAGAAAACCGGAUGCCUUGAAUUACAUUAUAAAGUGCAGGAGUGCAUAGCCACCACAAAGGAUUGGAGAAAAUGCCAAACAGAAGUUGAGGCAUUCCGCACUUGUAUCGGCAAACACAAGCAGGAGGAAAUCACCAAAGCCAAGAACUAACGUCGAAUUAACGUAUGGGGCCUUGCACCAUAAAUCAAAUUUCUUGGAAAAUGUGAAGACUUGACUUAUGCACAUUAACAUAUUCUGGAGUUUUGUGUGCAGAAAUGUUUUUGUGUAUGAUAAAUAAUUACCAAAGUAUGAAUUAAAUACAGUACUGAAUUUUCAAAAAAUAGCAAGUUGUAUGACUGAUGUCACAGUGAUGUGCCUAUGAUGAAUCAAAUAUUGCUGGGAUUUUUUGUAAAUAAUCUAAAAUAUUUUCAGAGUAAAACACAUAACGUAGCGCAAAAUAUUGUAGAUACAGUGCUGACAGCAGAAGAUGGUGUGGUAAGGAACCUUUUUAUUACAUAAUACCCCACACGGAAAAAACAGUUAUGUUAAAUUUACAGAUGUUUUGUAAAAUUUACAGAGAUAUGUGUUAAAUUUACAGAUUUCUCUGUAAAUUUAACAUAACUGUUUUUCUGUCUGAUUUUACCAGACCACUGUGUAUAUUAUAAUCAUUUAUAAAGCAGGCAGGCAGUUGCAAUAAUUGAUGCCUGUAUCCAAAAUCUUCUGAACAUAUUGUUUAUAUACUGUUAAAACGGUGGCUAUACAAUAUUUUGCACUACUUUUCGUGUCUUAAGACAGUUCUUGAUCUUAUGUUGGCGUUCGCAAUUAUGUUUAAUGUUAAAAUGUCUGUUAUAUUAAUGAUAUCUUUAAAAUACUGUUAUUUUUUAAAUAAAAAUGUGUAGUUAGUA